UGGUUCGGUGGAAGAUGGCGGUGGCUCAGGCAGUGGAAGAAAUGCGAAGCCGCGUGGUUCUAGGGGAGUUUGGGGUUCGCAAUGUUCAUACCACCGAUUUCCCUGGUAACUAUUCCGGCUAUGAUGACGCCUGGGACCAGGAACGCUUCGAGAAGAAUUUCCGUGUGGAUGUGGUACACAUGGAUGAAAACUCAUUGGAGUUUGAUAUGGUGGGAAUUGAUGCAGCCAUCGCCAAUGCUUUCCGACGCAUUCUGUUAGCUGAGGUGCCAACCAUGGCUGUGGAAAAGGUCCUGGUGUACAACAACACAUCCAUUGUCCAGGAUGAGAUCCUUGCUCAUCGGUUGGGGCUUAUUCCCAUUCAUGCAGAUCCCCGUCUUUUUGAAUAUCGGAAUCAAGAAGAUGAAGAAGGCACGGAAAUAGAUACUCUGCAGUUCCGGCUACAAGUCAAGUGUACUCGGAACCCCCAAGCGUCUAAAGAUUCCUCUGACCCCAAUGAACUCUAUGUGAACCACAAAGUCUAUACCAGGCACAUGACAUGGGUGCCCCUGGGGAACCAGGCUGAUGUCUUUCCAGAGGGCACUGUCCGCCCGGUGCAUGAUGAUAUCCUCAUUGCACAGCUGCGGCCUGGCCAGGAGAUUGACCUGCUCAUGCACUGCGUUAAAGGCAUUGGCAAAGAUCAUGCCAAGUUUUCCCCUGUGGCCACAGCCAGUUACAGGCUCCUGCCGGACAUCACCCUGUCCGAGCCAGUGGAAGGAGAGGCAGCCGAGGAGCUGCGGCAGUGCUUCUCACCUGGUGUUAUUGAGGUGCAGCAAGUCCAAGGUAAAAAGGUGGCCAGAGUUGCCAAUCCCCGGCUGGACACCUUUAGCAGAGAAAUUUUCCGAAACGAGAAGCUGAAGAAGGUCGUUCGGCUGGCCCGGGUUCGGGAUCAUUAUAUUUUCUCUGUUGAAUCCACAGGUGUAUUGCCACCAGAUGUACUGGUGAGUGAAGCCAUUAAAGUUCUGAUGGGAAAGUGCCGGCGGUUCUUGGAUGAAUUAGACGCAGUUCAGAUGGACUAA